CUCAUUCCCAGGUGACUGGAUCUCCCAAAUAACGGGCCAUGGAAAUGUGAAUCGUGAUAGUUCUUCUCCUUGUCCCCGGUUCCACUUCGGUGGAUUUUCAAUCAAACUGCACAAGGUACGAGUCCAACGGGCUCAACAAUCCAGGUCUCCAGAAAACUGGCUGCAGUCGAUAUCAUCGACCAAACCCAGGAAAGUUCCUUUUUGCGAAGCAGACCUUGACCUUGGGACGGCGGUGGAACUGUUGGAACUGUUAGAAGGUUCCUCUGAAGUUGGGUGGGUCCAAUGGAGCAUGCCCUUCGGGCCUUGCGGCAGCUUUCAGCAGGUGUGGGCAAUGAAGCCUGGGUCUUCAAAGCUGCUUCCUUGGUUCCAGCUGGCUGGGAGGAAACCACCACCAGUACCAGUGCUGAGCUGGUGCGCCAGGGGUCUGACAGUGAGUCAGAAGAGGAGAUACUGGACAUACAACAACAAAGUGUGAAGCUCAGCGAACUCUAUACAUGGGGCCGAGCUACCAAUUACCAGCUGGGAUAUGGUGUCAGUGGAAACGAGCAGCAAAUUCCCAAGCUGGUGCAACUGCCCAUUGGAAAGCAAGUGAUGUACUUGUCGUGCGGGCGUUUCCACAGCACAGCUGUCACUUCGUGUGGAAGUGUCUUCACCUGGGGUUUCGCUGGUGCCAGCGGUCGUUUGGGUCUGGAACAAGCCAAACGUGAAGCACGAGAAGCCGCUGUGGUGGAACCCACUCCAUUGCCACAGUUUGGACCGGGGAGGCACCACGCCACCAAGGUCGCUACAGGUCUCAACCAUACCCUGGCCAUGACUGCUGCCGGGAAGCUGUUGGUUUGGGGCUCAAAUGAACGAGGUCAACUCGGACAUGGGACCCCUGGUGAUACCGCAGUGCUUCAGCCAACAGUUUUGAAGGCAGCGCCGUGGCAAAAGCAGAAGGUAACUGAUAUCGCAACUGGUUCCCUUCAUUCACUCUGCAUCGCAGGUGAAUCGGGACAGGUGUUUGCGUGGGGCUGCAACGCUCAUGGAGCGUUGGGCCUUGGAACUCCACCCACUGGACCUUCCCACACUGCGCAGCCCCAAUGUUUACCUCACCUGAAGUCAGCCACCUUUCUGGUAGCCAAUCCCUGCGGAAAUGUGAGUUUGUGUUUGAUGAUGUCCCAUGGUGAUGCAAUGAUGUUCGGCGGCUCUCCUGUUCCUGCGAGUGAUGGCCGUUCUGUGGAUCAGCGCUUCUAUGUCCCGGCAAGGGUCCGGCGCAAGGAGCCAGAUCCUUCGCUGACUUCGUCGGAUGACUGGCAACUGCAGCGUGGCAGUCAGCUGAGUCCUUUGCGAUGGGCAACUUUGAGUGAUUCUGAAGGAUUUGGAAUCGACACGGAUGGGCUUCUUUGGGUUUGGCCUACGUCAUCUCGUCCUGCAACUGCUGAUUUAGUCUCGGUGGCGCUGAAACGAGCCGUGCGCUCAAGAUUGGCAAGUGCCAGUGGCGCCAAUGAACUGACACUGGAUCCGUCGGAUCCAAGCAACAACGAGUUUGUUUUGAUGGAAGAAGGCGAAGAUGAAGAACUGACAUUGGCAACUCAGGAGCUUCUUAUGCCGAAAUCACCCAUGCAAGCUCCAAAUCUGAAUGAAGUUCAGCAAGUGGGCAUUUCAAAUUUUGGCGUUUCGUUCAAAGCUGGAAUCAGUUGGGCUGUAGAUGACUCUGCUGGCCAUCUCUGGCAAUUGAAGCGUGCAAAGUCGAAAGACGGUUGGGCGGCUGAACGCUUUGAGUACUUGGCCCAGGUCUCAUGUUUCGCUUGUGGUCCUGAACAUCAAGCAGCUGUGACCACCUACAUGGUGCCCACAGUGCCGCGUUAUGAUUUACCACAAGACCUUAAGGCCGUUAAGGCACAAGAAUCACAAGAACAACACAGUGAUGAGACAGACACCAGGUCGGACUCCAAAGAAACCGUGGCGAAAAGGCCAGUACAAUCUCUUCAGCAGAUUUGCGAAGACAAACUCUGUGCAAAGUUGAAUCCACGUUCAUUUGGUCUGGUGUGUGACAUAGCUUGGGAGUUGAACCGGCCAGCUUUGUUGGACAGAGCCUUCCGGUUCUUGUGCGCCAACGCUCCGUUGAUGUUCUCCAAACUGCAUUUGCCUACUUUGAGCCAACUUCCUGUCGAGGUCUUGGCCGCAUUUGAGAUGGCGGCCAAAGCCAAGGUUGUUGCGGACAGCGGAGGUGCAAGUGUGGGAAGUGCUCCCAGUCGAAAGGAAAGUCGUGAGGACGUGGUUCAGAUGCAUGAAACCAACGACCUGCCGUUCGUUCGGGACUUUGGAGAUGAAUUCUCAUCCGACUUGGGAGCUCCAUUUCAGAUGGAUGACAUGGAUGAUGAGAGGAUGUUGAACGAAAUCAGCAAACUUUGCGAAAGUGGCCAGUGGUCUUCUAUUGCCUCCCAAGCUUUGUCCCUCUUAGCCACUUCCCUACCUGGCUCUGCAGCAGGAGAGGGUCUCAUUGCCGAGAAGUUGGGCUUGUCAUUUGCGCUUGACGAGCUGGAACAGGUGCAGCUGGAAGCCGACGCAGAGAAAGAGGACGCACGUCGCAAGCGUCGGGCAUCCAAUGUCUCCAGCGUCUCGCCACAGAUCGCCGCGGUACCGUCGAAGUAUGCCUCCCCGGCGAUGUCCUCCAAGUCGUCGCCCAAAUCGGCUGCCAUCUCGCCCUUCCUCCAACCUGAGAAAAGCAGCAGUCCCAUGUUGGAAGCACAGGAUCGACAGGAGUGGGUGGAGGUCAAAGGAAACUCCAGGGCUCGCAAAGAUGUUUCAAUGGCCAGUCCCAAAGUGAAAGCUUCACCAGAGCCUACACAAAUGCCACCGGCUGCGGUGCCACCGAGUCCAAAAGGUGGUAAAAAGGGUGAUAGCUCCGGGAAAGGUGGAAAAGAUGGAACGGGCAAAGGCAAGACAUCUCUGAUGUCACUGGAUGAAAGCGCUUCUUCCCGGCAUUUGAGACUGGCCGAUUUCAUCAAGCCGCAGGUUGGGAGAGGCAAAGGAAAGGGCGGAACUGAUGCGAAAAAAAGUGAGAAGAGUGAUGCAGAGAGUGGUCCUUCGGCCAUUCUUGUUUCAGCUCUGCAGUCAGCAGGGAAAGCUGAAAAAGGUGUUGAGAAUGGAUCUGCCAAAUGGGCUCUGCCCAAGGAUGAUGGAUUUAAUGGAAAUCCCAAACUCUCGCAAAUUUUGGAGGAGGACAAGGGAUCCAAGGAGGCAAAAAGGAAGCAAAGCCUCCGAAAGCCCGAAACCAAAGUGAUGACGUGCUCCUGGGGUCGUGAUGCUUUGCCAUCGGAGCAGUCCAAAAAUCAAUCCAUUGCUGAGAUCCAACAAGAAGAAGAGCUUCUUCGAGAACAUGAUGAAAUCCUGGAGAUUGAGGCCAUGUUUGCAGCGCUGGAGGUCGCCGAAAUCCAUGAGGCAUUGGAGCAAUCUCGUGCUGCGAAUGGGGAGGUCACCGGACCAAGCCCUUCGAAAGAUGUGAAAGGGCGGGCGUCUGGUCAUAAGCCCCAGGCCAAAGUUGAAGCAAAAGGACACAGGAAAAAGAAAGGGAACCCAAAUUCCAAGUCUGACUGGUGGUCCCAAGGGUGGGAUGGCUGGAAUUCUGGCUGGUGGGAGUCUGAAAAAUCGACAGCUCGCUGGCAGAAACGCCCAGCUGAGAGUGAGACUGCGCAAAGAGAAGCGUGAGCUCACGUGGACAGGCUCACACCUCCGAAUUUUCCUGCGCGUCUCUGGAAAA